AUGACCCAGAUAGACUACCUCCAGAAAAUGUUCCAGACCAAGGAGUUUACUGACCGCUACAAGUACAGCGAAAAGCUCACUGGGCUAUACGCUCAGACCUUGGUUGAGUACUCUGGCGUGGCUAAUCCCAGCCAGAAGCCGCUGGUUGUCCUCGACAAUGCCUGUGGGAUUGGAGCUGUCUCCAGCGUACUCAACCGCACACUUGACGAUGAAGCAAAGAAACUUUGGAAGUUGACCUGCGGUGAUCUGUCAGAAGGCAUGUUGGAACACACCAAGCAGAGGCUUGAAGAUGAAGGAUGGGUCAAUGCUGAAACGAAGGUCGUGGAUGCGCUAAACACUGGGCUCCCAGACGCGCAUUAUACGCAUGUUUUUGUCUCUUUUGGCUUCCAGAGCUUCCCAGACGCCAACGCCGCCUUGAAAGUGCUUCAGAAUUCUCGCUUCCGGAGGUAUACUCGCAAGCUCAACAUGGCAGAGGUGUAUGUGACCUUGAGCACAUUCCCCUUCAAGAACAAACACUCACUCACAAGUGCAAUGACAGUCACCUGGGUACCAAUCAUGAAAGCAGCCAUUGAGACCAUGCCCGGAAAUCUCCCAUUCCCAACACAUGAAGAGUUCCUCGCGUUUCACAGUACCGGUUGGGACUCGGCAUCCUACAUCCAGUCUGAAUUGGAGAAGGUAGGAUUCAGGGACGUCAAAGUCACCGCUGUGCCGAAAGAAAAGUCAUUGCCUAUCGAUGAAUUCGUCGAAGUCUGCACAAUGAUAACCCCUUACGUGCUUUCAAAGGUCUGGACUCAGGAACAGCGCGAGUUGCACGAGAAGGAUGUUCCGAUGGUGUUGCGGCGAUAUCUGGAAGACAACUAUGGGGCGAGUGGCCAGGUUCCUGUGGAGGCGGUGGCUCUCAUCACAACGGCCCUCAAGCCUUAG